CUGGGAGCGGAGGGAUACCGUGUUUCGCCACGGAGCUGAAGAUCGACUGUUUACGGGUGGAGACUGCAAGGAAUUUAAAUCCCCCCCGGGUUGUUACGCUACACGUUAAAGACGAAAUAACAGUGGUAGUUGAUGCGUUUCUUUGGAUUAUUCAGUUCAGUUUAAUGUAGUACAUGUGAGCUCGAUAGGCCGUCGGUGUUAGAGUUUUCCAGGGGGUUGUUUUCGCUGUCAGUGGAUGGCCAUGGCGGUGGAGACGCGACCGGAGCUGGUUGGGAAGCGGUUCCUGUGUGUCGGUGGAGACGAGCCGCUGGAUCUCCGGGAUAUCGGCCGCUGGGGCUGGCGAGCUGGGGUCAUCCGAGCCGUUACUCACCGGGACAACAACCAUUCAGAGUUGACGGUGUACGUGGAGUUUGAUGACCUGGAGUGGGAGAAGCGUGAGUGGGUGAAAGUGUACGAGGACUUCCAGGUGUUCCUUCUGGAGCAGCAGCUGGUAUGGGCCAAGAGGAGAGAGGGCACCCUGCUGGUGGAGAACCCCCAGGGGACUAAAGACAAGCACAUCCAGUGGCCAGCUCUGACGUUCAGACCUCUGGUGGGGAAGGCUACUCUGGGUUCCAUCACGGCUGUAGAGUUCUUCUCUGACAGACAACUGGACUUCCUGUCUGACCACGGAGCAUACCAGCCCUACCAGGAGGAAGUGGAUAGUUUGAGUCCUGUUCUCAGGGACAACCCUCAGCUUCAUGAAGAGGUCAGGUUCUGGCUCAAAGAUCAAAAGGUUCAGGACAUUUUUUUGCAAGGUCCGUAUUCAUUAAAUGGUUACCGAGUUCGUGUUUACAGACAAGACUCGGCCACUCAGUGGUUCACAGGGAUCAUCACACAUCAUGACCUCUUCAGCCGUAAUAUGGUUGUGAUGAAUGACCAGGUUCUAGAGCCCCAGAAUGUUGACCCCUCUAUGAUCCAGAUGACCUUUCUGGACGAUGUGGUCCACUCUCUGCUGAAAGGAGAGAACAUUGGUAUCCAGUCCCGACGCAGGUCCCGUUCCAACCAGAACAACUCUGCCCACGAACCAGAUCUCUCUGUGCCGCCAUGUUGUUAUCCAAUUCGUCAACAGACAGCAGGAGGGAGACCCACCGGCACCACAGGAAGAGAGCAGGGUCACUACACCCGCGCCCAAGCCAACAGCCCCAGACCAGUCAUGAACUCCUCUGGCGGGGCGGUGAAGCAGGGGUCAGGGGUCACCACCCAGCAGGGUCAAGGUCAGGGCGGGUCCCAGAGCCAGCAGGCCCCAGCGCAGCACUCCCCUUGCCAGGAACAGACGCAGCACCGCGGACCUGGCUUCUCCAGGAGGAAGGGAUCUGACAGCAGUGUCCCUGAUGAUGACUUCAAGGGAGACAACGUGGACUGUAACGAGAGAGCAGGGAGAGGAGGUGAGGAUGAUGGUGAAGAUAGAACAAGAGACUUCUUUAAAAGUACGAGCAGCAAGCAGGUGGCUGUGAACAAGCGGAGGAAAGCGGAGGAGGAAGAGGAGAAGAAAUCAGGUUUGAAAAGACUGAGAAACGAGACUACAGUGAGGUCUGACUUCUCUGAGAGCAGUGACUCUGAGAUGUCUACCAAGAGAACCAGGACGGCAGACUCCUCCUCUUCCUCAGAGCAGAACUCAGAGGAGGAGCUAAAAGGAGAGACCGGCCAGGAGGGGCACAAGACCCAGGGUUCUAAGACUGGGAAGGAGUCUGCUCUGACAGGCAGUCUCUCCCCCUGGGGUGAGGAGCUUCAGAAGGCGGAGUUUCAGCAGUCAUCAGCCGACAGGGAGCAGAGGUCAUCCCUGCGACAACCUCAACGACAGGGAGAACGGUCUCCACUGCAACAGCAGCAGGCCCCUCCCCUGUCCUCCUCCUCCCAGGGCUCUGCCCCCUCUGAGGGCCAAGGGGAGUGCAUCAUGGAGAACAACAGCACUAUGAAAUCCCAGACCCAUCCCCAGUCCAAGGACCAGUACACCAGCGCUGAGGUGGUCUCCAGGACCCAGACUCCCUCUCAGUAUAUAAUCGACAUCACAGCAGAGGACGCUAACGCACACAUGGCCUCCCGGGAGAACUCUGAGGCCGUCUCGGCCCUGCUGGCCUCCCAGAAUCCAUCUGAGCCCUCCUACCUCUCUGAGCCCAGCAGACAUUUGGUGCUGAACCCCUCUGUGGCCCCUCCCUCUCCCCUUCGGAAGAGCCCCUCGGAGUGUGACCUUAGGAACCAGACUCCCUCAGUGUCAGAGUGUGACCUUAGGAACCAGAUUCCCUUAGUGUCAGAGUGUGACAUUAGGAACCAGACUCCCUUAGUGUUAGAGUGUGACCUUAGGAACCAGACUCCCUUAGUGUUAGAGUGUGACCUUAGGAACCAGACUCCCUUAGUGUUAGAGUGUGACCUUAGGAACCAGACUCCCUCAGUGUCAGAGUGUGACCUUAGGAACCAGACUCCCUCAGUGUCAGAGUGUGACCUUAGGAACCAGACUCCCUCAGUGUCAGAGUGUGACCUUAGGAACCAGACUCCCUCAGUGUCAGAGUGUGACCUUAGGAACCAGACUCCCUCAGUGUCAGAGUGUGACCUUAGGAACCAGACUCCCUCAGUGUGUAGGAAGCCGGAGGUAAAGCAUGACAUAGCUGGCAGCCUGGGCAGUAAGAUGGGGUUAGUCCAUUCAGCGGUGAUCAGACCUAUAGCAUCAGUCAGUGAGUCUGCUGCUGUAGUAGAGAGAGAGAAGCAGCUAUAUUCCUCCAUGCUGCCCUGCAUUAAGAACGCCUCAUUGGCCGACGAGGCCAGGAAGUCGUACAAGCUAAGCCCCUCCCCUGAUGUCCCCAAGCCCCUCCCCUCCCCAGAGGCCCUGAAGCCAAAGCCCCUCUGCUCCCCUGACAUCGUCAAGUCUAAAACACAGAGUGUUCUGGAGACUUGUUCUAAACCCAAACCCCUCACCUCCCCAGAGGUGUCCAAGCAUAAAGGCCGUUACCCGGACAACACCCCUCGCUCCAGCUUUAAGCCCGUCCUGGCCCGAGGGACUGAGUCGCCAGGAUCUUGCACUAAGAGUCCGCUAAUCAUCGAUAAGAACGAGCAUUUCACCGUGUACCGGGACCCUGCGCUUGUCCGUCCCAACCAGGAGACCAACCACGUGUCCUAUCUGCACCCCCAGCUCCACCCCCUCCAUGCCUCCUGCCUCACCCCCUCUUCCACUCACCACCUCCUCUCCGGGGUGCUCUCUGGCCUGCCUCCAGGCCCCUUGCUGGGGGGUCAUCCCCGACUAGACUCCUCGGGGCUGGGGCACCUGGGACUAGCUCAUCACCACCCUGUCUCUCAGCCCCAGACACACAGCCACACCUCAGCCUCAUACAACCAGCUGGGGCUGUAUCCAAUCAUCUGGCAGUACCCCAAUGAGACCCACUCCUAUCCCCCAAGACUCAACCUGCCCGGGUCCAAGUGGGUGCACCCUGAAAACCCUGUCAGUUCUGAGACCAACAUGAGGAGGAACACGGCCAGCCCUUGGCUACACCACCAGGUCCCUGUCUCCUCCUCUGACAGCCUGGACCAACUGAGCCACGUCCCGGUCCCCAUCCGACCAGCCAGCGCCGACCCUCACCGGUCCGACCCCCAUCCCCACCGUUCAGAACCACACCGCUCGGACCCCCACCGGCUCAUCAAGAUCAACCCCCACGCCAGCCCCCCUCUGCCACCGGCCAAGACCGCUGGAGAUCUUCACAGGGAGGAUUUGAAGGGUUUUGUGGAUCCCAUCAGAACCAUCACUCUGGCCCACCUGAAGCAGGAGCAGGACCGCAGCAGAACCCCGACCGGGAAGGACAGUCACCUGCACCAGCUCUACCUGGAGGCCUAUAAUAAACAACAGCAGCAGAGGAUGGCCCAGCAGCAACAACAGGAAGCAGGGCAGAGGGACCGGGCCAGUAAGUAUAAGGAGGAGAACAGACGGAUCCUCCAGGAGAGCAUUGAGGUGGCCCCCUUCACCGCUAAGAUCCGCUCCAGUGAGACCGACAGGGAGCCUAACCCCUACCCCCGGAUCCCCUCGCUCCCCUCCCAGCCCCACCCCUACCCCCGGAUUUCCUCGCUCCCCUCCCUGCCCCACCCCCAGCGCCCCCACCAGGAGAAGGAAACGGAGCCCCCUGCUGUAGACCUGUAUCAGUUUAAACAGCAAUCCCAGCACAGUCUCCCCCCCAGUAACUACUUCACUACCCUGUCCAACAGUGUGGUCAACGAGCCACCGCGUCUCUACCCCUCUAAAGAGCUCAACUCAUACUUUGACAAGGUGAGCAGGGAGCAGGAGUCUGCAGCAGCCUCUAGUCUCUCUCAUGGAGGAGGGGCAGCGUUCAGCUCCAAGUCCCUGUCCAAACCCCCUCCUCUCAUCAAACACCAGGCUGAUGGGGAGGGUCUGCUAGGGAAGAUAUCAGAGCAGCUGAACCAGCAGGUAAGCCUAUCCAACAUGCAGAGGUAUCGUCUCAGUACCAUAGUCAGCCCUGUUAGUCCAGACCUCUCGCCUUCCUCCAGUCAGAGCCAGACCCGAACCCACUGCCAGACCCAGAGUCAGACCCGAACCCACUGUCAGACCCAGAGCCAGACCCGAACCCACUGUCAGACCCAGAGCCAGACCCGAACCCACUGUCAGACCCAAGCCCAACUAAGGUGUAUGCCAGCACUGCACCGUGCCCCCGUGUUCCACCCUCCUAUCCAGCAGACACUGGACAGGAAGGAGGUGGGCUACGGCCGUUUGUCUCCACCCACCCUGACCCCCAUCCAGCCAGUCAGCUCGGCCGGUAAGGUGUCUGAGCAACAGAAACCGCCCACCCUUCUGCCCGAGCUACGGGAGGUCAGCGCCGUGUGUAAGGGCGGGGCAGCGAUGAACUCAUCCGAGGUGUGGCGAGCCGGCGACUCUCAGAGCCACGACAAGCUGGGAUGGCAUUCUGAGAGGAGCCCCGGCAGGAAGCCUGGGGCCACCACGGCGUCUGUUAUCGUCCGUCCCUCUACGUGUAUAAAGUACGACGGCUCGCCAGGCGCCAAGACCUCUUCCUCGGCCAAGGACUCUCUGACGGGGAGGAUGUUCCCAGGCGGCAGGCCUCAGACAGUCUGUCUGAAACUGGCCUAUGAGAGAGACAGGGAGUCUGGAGGGAAGGUGAUCCUGCCAAACACUAACUUGGAGGAGGCUGUUUGCGUGCAGCAGUACAAUAACUUUAUGAGAGUGUCCCAGUCUCAGGGAACCUUUCCAGUCUCCGUCUCGGCUGCUGCCAACUCUGUGUGCAAUAGGAGUAGUGAUGUGACUAGGGCAGUCUCCAACAUGGCUCCCUACGGUGGGUUGAGUAGAAGACAAGAGAGAACCUACUGUGGGCCCAACACCUCCAGCGCUAGCAGGACAGAGAGCUGUGGCCCUCGGGGCAGGGCCUUCCACUCAGGGCCUGGGUUAGAACCAAGGGCCGAGCUCCAGCAACAGGAGGGGAGCUCCUCCAGAACCUCAUCCCCCAACCUGCACCCCGGGCCCAGCCUGGCCAGCAGCACCCAGGCCUCUCCCAACCCCAGCCAGUCCUACUAUGGGAGCUUUAUCCAUCUGAAGAAGCACAAGGCAGCGUUGGCAGCAGCCCAGCAAUCCAGAGGUCCUAGCAGCAGCUCCAGUGGUAGUGGUCCCGAGAGCCUGAUUGAGCCAUCUAACAGUAAAGCUCUUCACAUCUCCCCUCCACCUCCCCUUGCCUCGGCCUCAGUCCAGAACCACAGAACCACAGCAAGCCCAGGACCAUAUCAAGCAGGAGCUAGCCCCAGCCCUGGCCCCCUCCCCAAUGGCCAGCCAGCCCAGAUGAACCAGAGCCAGUCUCAACCCAACUACCACAAGCUGAAGAAGGCCUGGCUCACCAGACACUCAGAGGAGGACAGGAACAUAAACACUAUGAUGAAAACAGAGGAGGCUGAUAAGUCUGUUACCACCACUGUGAGCCCCUCUGUGUCCAAGUCUGUUACCACCACUGUGAGCCCCUCUGUGUCCAAGUCUGUUACCACCACUGUGAGCCCCUCUGUGUCCAAGUCUGUUACCACCACUGUGAGCCCCUCUGUGUCCAAGGCUGUUACCACCACUGUGAGCCCCUCUGUGUCCAAGGCUGUUACCACCACUGUGAGCCCCUCUGUGUCCAUGUCUGUUACCACCACUGUGAGCCCCUCUGUGUCGAAGGCUGUUACCACCACUGUGAGCCCCUCUGUGUCGAAGGCUGUUACCACCACUGUGAGCCCCUCUGUGUCGAAGGCUGUUACCACCACUGUGAGCCCCUCUGUGUCCAUGUCUGUUACCACCACUGUGAGCCCCUCUGUGUCGAAGGCUGUUAACACCACUGUGAGCCCCUCUGUGUCGAAGGUUGUUACCACCACUGUGAGCCCCUCUGUGUCCAUGUCUGUUACCACCACUGUGAGCCCCUCUGUGUCAAAGGCUGUUACCACCACUGUGAGCCCCUCUGUGUCGAAGGCUGUUACCACCACUGUGAGCCCCUCUGUGUCUGAGAUGGAGAUGAUCAAGCCUUGCACCGUCACUCUGAUUGCCUCUACCUCCAGUGAUGUGGAGAUGAAGAUAGAAGAGGUCAAAGGUCAGGAGGACAAGAUGGCCGCUGAGGACAGGAAUACGCGGCGUGGGAGCAAGAGGGUGUACGACCACGACUCGGCCUCAGAGAGCGGAGAGGACUCUGACGCCAGCGAGAGCAGCAAGCAGGAGCAGAGGGCGAAGAGGCAGCCCAAACCCACCUACAAGAAGAAACAGAACGACAUGCGCAGGAGGAGAGGAGACGGAGAGAAAGAUGAGGAUGAGCUGAAACCCAACGGGAUCUUUAGGAGCGCCAGGGAGAAGACCAAGCUGAAACUGUCCAGCAACAAUGGUAUCCCCCGCUCUGUGCUGAAGGACUGGAGGAAGGUGAAGAAGCUGAAGCAGACGGGGGAGUCGUUCCUGCAGGAUGACUCGUGCUCCGAGAUUGGACCCAACCUGCAGAAGUGUCGGGAGUGUCGUGUUGUUCGCAGCAAGAAGGGGGAGCAGCCGGCUCAUUCCCCUGUCUUCUGCCGCUUCUACUACUUCCGCCGCCUGUCCUACAGCAAGAAUGGAGUGAUCCGUGUGGACGGCUUCUCCACUCCAGAUCAGUUUGAUGAGGAGGCUCUGUCCCUCUGGGCUCCUGAUGUAUACGAGGAGAAUGAGUUGGACCCAGACUCCUCCAAGUACAUCCUCUCAUAUAUAGGAGACCAGUUCUGUCAGAUGGUCACCACUGAGAACACUGCUGCUACAUGGAUCAAAAAAGAUGCCAAGAUGGCCUGGAAGAGGGCUGUGAGAGGGGUCCGGGAGAUGUGUGACGCGUGUGAAGCCACCUUGUUUAAUAUUCACUGGGUCUGCCACAAAUGUGGCUUCGUGGUUUGUCUGGACUGUUACAAGGCAAAGGAGAGGAAGACCUCCAAAGACAAAGAGCUGUACGCCUGGCUGAAGUGUGUCAAGGGACAGCAGCAUGGUCACAAGUACUUGAUGCCAACACAGAUUAUCCCAGGAACUGUUCUGACAGAGGUGGUGAGCGCCAUGCAUCUGUUCAGGGAGAAGUACAGCAUCAGGUCUCCCUGUGUCUGUACUGGGAAACACAACCCUCUACUCAGCAAGCUGCCUGCUACCAACGGAGUCUCUCAGGUUCUCCAGAACGUGUUAAACCACAGCAACAAGAUCUCUCUAUGUAACGUGAAGACAGAGACUGGGCAGCUGAACCCCAUCCAGGGUAAAGCUGAGACUAACGGAGGCUCCAGCCCUGCCUCGGACACCUCCUCUGACUCCAAACUGACUCCCCCGGAGUCCCAGAGCCCUCUCCACUUCCUGGCUGACCUGACUGAACAGAAGUCACAGGAAGAUAAGAAAGAAAACAAGGAGUCUCCUCUGGGUAAGGUGGGCAAGGAGGAGAAGGUCAGUAGCCUGGAGUCUCUCCACUGUAAAGCGUCUAGCCUGGUGUCUAACAUCACAGAACAGGGCUCUACUCUAAGAGACCUCCUGACGACCACCGCUGGUAAACUACGUCUGGGCUCUACUGAUGCUGGCAUGGCCUUCGCUCCUGUAUACUCCACCGCAGCACAGAUGGGGAAGAGCGGCCGUAGCAUGCCCAACAUCCUGGAUGACAUCAUCGCGUCCGUGGUGGAGAACAAAAUCCCUGCCAGCCGAGGAGCCAAGCUGAGUCUGAAGCUGGAGGCCACCACCACCACUACAGAGGACAGGGAGGUGAAGACGGAGAGGAUCGAGAGGAAGAAGCAGCCUGGGACUGGGACAGGUCCUAACCCUGGGACUGGGACAGGUCCUAACCCUGGGACAGGUCCUAACCCUGGGACUGGUCCUAACCCUGGGACUGGGACAGGUCCUAACCCUGGGACAGGUCCUAACCCUGGGACAGGGACAGGUCCUAACCCUGGGACAGGUCCUAACCCUGGGACAGGUCCUAACCCUGGGACGGGGACAGGUCCUAAGCCUGGGACGGGGACAGAAGAGCUUCCUGAACCCAAGCCUCAGCUAGAGAAGGCCCUGCAGCUCCAUGCUGACAUCCCCCACUGCUGGUUGUAUGAUCGCAGACUGCUCUGGCUGAAAGACCAUCGACACCCUGGCAACUGGAAGCUGUUCAGAGAGUGUUGGAGACAGGGACAGCCUGUCCUGGUGACUGGGCUCCAUAAGCCUCUGAAUGCAGCUCUGUGGAAGGCGGACAGCUUCAACCUGGAGUUUGCUGACCAUCAGGGAGACCUGCUGAACUGUAAAGAUGGACUUGUCUCGAACUCUGGAAUCAAUGAGUUCUGGGACGGCUUCGAGGACCUCACCAAGAGACCCAAGUCUAAAGACGGAGACACCGUGGUGUACAGGCUGAAGGACUGGCCAUCAGGAGAGGAGUUCAUGGCCCUGAUGCCUUCCAGGUAUGAUGACCUGAUGAGGAAUCUGCCCCUGCCUGAGUAUUGUGACCCUGAAGGGAACCUCAACCUGGCCUCUCAUCUGCCCAGCUUCUUCGUACGCCCAGACCUCGGACCACGCCUCUGCUGUGCUUAUGGAGUGGCAGCGUCUCAGGAGCAGGACUUUGGGACAGCCAACCUUCACAGGGAGGUCUCUGACAUCGUCUCUGUCCUGGUGUACGUAGGAGUGGCCAAGGGGAACGGAGUCCUGUCCAAGACGGGAGUGUUGAAGAGACUGGAGGAGGAAGACUUGGACGACAGCGUGAAGAAGAGAUUAAAGGAUUCCAGCGAGACGCCUGGAGCCUUGUGGCACAUCUACAUUAGCAAAGAUGUGGAGAAAAUUAAAGACUUUCUGCACAAGCAGGUUGCUAAGGAGCAGGGGGCGGAGAUUUCAGCAGAGCACGACCCAAUCAGAGAGCCGGGCUGGUACCUGAGCAGGAAGUUGCGUCAGCGUCUGUGGGAGGAGCAUGAUGUGCAGGGCUUGACCGUGGUUCAGUUCCUGGGGGACUCUGUCCUCAUCCCGGCCGGGGCGCUGCACCAGGUACCUCUGGUGCAGAACCUUCACAGUUGUGUCCAGGUGAUAAAUGACUUUGUGUCUCCAGAGCAUGUAUUCCACUCCUUCCACCUGACACAGGAACUGAGAUCCUCCAGAGAAGAGCCCAACUACGAAGAUAAACUACAGGUAAAGAACAUCUUGUUCCACUCUGUGAAGGAUGCAUUGACGUCGCUGAGGAGGUACAGCCAGGAGGAGGAAGAGAACUCCUGACCCGUAGUCCCCCUGGCGCCUGCCUCUGUGGCUCCUCCCUCUCUGGCGCCUGCCUCUGUGGCUCCUCCCUCUGUGGCUCCUCCCUCUCUGUCUCCUCCCUCUCUGGCUCCCCCCUCUCUGGUGCCUCCCUCUCUGGUGCCUCCCUCUCUGGUGCCUCCCUCUCUGGUGCCUCCCUCUCUGGCGCCUCCUUCUCUGAGACAUCUUCCUUCAGCCUGGAACAGAUACAUACACACUGACACUAACCACAACAGCAGAACACACUACAACACACUAAAACUACAUGUUACUGACCAGCAUCACUACACAGCAUCAGGAUACUGACCAUAGCAGCAUCGAUACCACAGCAUCAGGAUACUGACCACAGCAGCAUCGAUACCACAGCAUCAGGAUACUGACCAUAGCAGCAUCACUACCCAGCAUCAGGAUACUGACCCUACCCGCAUCACUACCCAGCAUCAGGAUACUAACCACAGCAGCAUCACCACCCAGCAUCAGGAGAACUGAGUUCAGUAGAAUCAAUCUGGACUGCUGUUCUGGAACCUUCUGUUCUCUGUUUGUUCCUGUUUUCCUUUUGUUUGUUUAGUUCAUUUCUUUCUUUCAAACUGUUGUAUAUUGUUUCUGUGAAAAUUAUGUAUUUAUUUUAUAGGACUUGUAAAUGUUAUGAUGUUCUAGAUGAAAUGUAAAUGUGACUUGUACAGUUUGCUAAAUGAUGACUUGUGAGACGGAUGCCGUUUCCUACAUUGAGACAGUUACUGUGAGAGGAAACAGACUUCAGCUGUCGCCGAGAACUCUGGGAGUCGCUGCUGAAUUCGUCCUCAUGCCAUAUCUUUUAAAAACAAACUGCCAAACUAUUCUAUUGUAUGAAACCGUGUACAGUUGUAUUAUGUAAAAAAAAAGACUACAUGAAUAAUACACUUCAGCAUUUUAUUGAGAAGUAUUCACUGUAAAAUGGAGACAUUUACACACAAAAAAUAAUUUAUUCAAAUUUUGAAGUUUAAACGAAAACAAUUGUGUAAAUAUAUACAUAUUCACUGAUGUAUUUUUUAAAACAUGGCUUGCUUCAAUUUGUAAUUUUAAAAGUGCAAGUGUUAUAUGCUUUGUACAUUGAAGUUCAAAGGGGUUUUACAUUUUCCAUUAAAAUGGAUUCAUCAAAG